UUUAUUAAUAUUUACAAAAAACAUCAAUGAUGAAGUGCGUGUUUUCUGAAAAACAAAAUUUUAUAUUAAUGUAUUUAAAUAAUAAUAUUUUUUGAUACAUUGUAUUUUCAAAUAAAUAAAUGUAUGUCAUUUGUUUCCUUGUAAGUAGAACGAAUAGUUUGGACAUUGUAGUCAGUAGGUCACAAACACGCACUAUCAUAGAAAUAAAAUACUAUUUGUGACAGAUGUUUCUAUUUGACCAUUCUCCGCCGCUGGUACUGAAGACGUGAAGAAAUAUUUUACUGAAGACAAGAAGGGGAGUCAUGUACAUAUAAAUAUUUCGACAGUAUCUUCGAAAUAUGAUUGAAAGGAUCAGACGUGUUUUGACAUAAUACGCUAUCAAGACAUGCAUAUUUUUGUUAGGUCAGCCAUCUUGGAUCUUUGUUUGUUUAUAUUUCUGCAGAUAAAUGAAAACAGACUGUAUUCUACAAAGGAAGAUUUAUCACAGUACAUGAAAGAAGAUUUUCUUUGGACUUUUGUAUGCAGUGCUGGACAACAGCGUGGACAUAGUCCCAUCUCAAUGCAAAAUAGCCCCGGUCCUUGUGAGACACCGGCAGACCUGGACUUUCUGUCUGAGGCAAACAAACAAUAUGUUGAACUUGGUGUUAAUGAAACACUAGACCCACUGCGGAGAAAUACAACACAUGAAAGUUGUAACAAUCAAAAUAGAAAAUAUAUAUAUAUGGAUGAUAGUAAUACAAAAGCAAAUAGACCAAGUGAUGAUGUUGAAGCAGUGUUUGAUGAAGUUACAGGAGAAACAAAAGUAAAACUUUGGUCACAUGAAUAUCCAAUAGAUACAAAAUGUCAGCUCAGUGAAAUGGGUUUUCAAGACGAGAAAACUGGAGCUAUGUCCGGAGAUACAACGUAUGAUACUGAGGAAAACAUGUUGACUGGAGACGACCGGCAUGAUGAAAUUAUGCCUCAGUAUGACAACUGCACGAUUGGCGGACGAUUUCUGACAAGUAAUGAAUUGGCUGACAACCUUCAUUCAUCACUAGUUCCUAAAUUUAGAAUAAAAACUGAACAAGAGGCUAACAGUACAACAUUAGACAGCCUAUUUGAUGGUGGAAUGCAAAGAACAAGUUCUGAUCCUUGUAUGAAGAAAAAACCCUGCACAAGUAUGAAAAGGACAAGUUUUUCAUAUCCAGUCAUAGCGGACCAGGACUCUGGAGGUGUGAGCAGGAUGUUGUCUUCUGAACUUCACACUGAAUCAUAUCCACAUUUAACUAGGCAGAGGACAGAAAUGGAAUGGACUAAUUGUGAACAAAUACAAUAUGUGCAUCAAUACCCUGAUCAAAACUUUAAUUCGCAUGCACGAGAACAGUGGCUACGAUAUAUGUCGAUUUCGACAAAUGAAAACCAGUCACUUAGAGAGGAAAGAAAAGUAUUUGGCAUAACCCCGUUUGCUGGAUCACUCCCUACAAAAUCAUCUUUACUUUCGAACCGUCACAAUAAAGUUUGGAAACAAACAGAAGGCACGUUACACAGUGUGCAUAGUAAUAAGAGCCAGACUGAGGAUGUAUCUAGCUCAAACGACCAGAAAUCUCAGUAUAUAGACUUCAAUCAACUUUCUCAAGAUGUUACUCCAUAUGCAGAAAAGACAGACAUUAGAGAAAGAUCCUCCCACACGUACUUGUACCACAGUAAACACAAUAACACGGAAACCAGAGAAUACAAACAUAAGAAAAAAUUAAAAAGAGGCUGCCGUUUAUGGGAAUACAUACGAAACCUCUUACUAGAUCCCUGUACAAAUCCUUCUCUUAUAAAAUGGGAGGACCGUAAUGAGGGGACAUUCAAACUCGUUGAAAACAAGAGAAUAGCUUAUAACUGGGGCAUGAAGAAGGGUAAUACGGACAUGAGCUAUGAAAAACUCAGCAGAGCUAUGAGGUACUAUUACAAGAAGAAGAUAUUUCAGCCGGUUCUUGGAAAGCGUCUAGUCUACAAGUUUGGACCAUGUGCUACAGGCUGGAAAGACGACACUUGAAAAUCCGGAAGACAAUUUUGUUGAAUUUGGCACUCGUUGUGCUUCAGAUAGGAUUGUUCUCCAAACAAUGUGAUUUCUUUCAGCUUGUCCAGAUGUGCAUUGGGAUGACUGUAGUGUCAUAUGUUGCAACCUACGAGCAAUACACAACCGAUGUUAUUUAAGAAGAGGCACAUUGCAUCAUUCAUUUUUUUAAUUUUUUGAUAUCAAACUUUUUCCUUUCUGCUCAUAUAAAUAUUAAUGGUAUUUAUAUUUGUUUAUGUUACCUUUUUCAUAGUUUAUUUUUGUAUUUAAACUCUUUUCUAUAUAAAACUUACGAUUUGGAAUAAAAUACAACACUGCUCUGAA